AUGGCAGCACCGACCGAUUCGCCGACGUCUCGGCAUUUGCAUCAUCUUCGCGUCCAGCGGCAGCAGGCGGAUGUGAACUGCGGCAUCACUCAGGACAACCCGAUGCUGCAUGCAAUGUGGGCGACUCAUCGCCAGCACGUGGAUGCAACUUUGCUCGGUUUGCAGUGUCUUUCGCCCGAGACCGGUCAGCAGCCACGUCAACCUCCGCUUGAGUCACUACCUUCCAACAUAUUUGUACUUGUACACGGAAACAAUAGCUCACCCACCGACUUGGACAAACUCGCAGCGGCGCUCCUUUCUUCGUUUCAGCCUGGGGACAGCCUUGUGCUGCAAAGUUCUGGCAAUGCCGGGCAUCUGACGCAGCGCGGUAUUGCUUUCUGUGGCACGAUAUUGGCCAUCGAGACCUUGGGCAUGUUCCUCCGCUACGACGUGGACAGCUCCGACCCACGAUUGUUCAGCAUCGUCGGUCACUCGUUUGGUGGGCUCAUUGCCCGAUACAGCUUGGCAUUUCUGCAAGUGAUCUUUUCUGCGCUGUGCAUCACCCCAGUAUCCUUUUCCACGCUGUGCACUCCGCAUCUGGGAUCUCGUCGACCGGGUGGCGGCGUCUGGAAGCGCGUGGUGCAGCGCGCGGUGCAUGGAAUCUUGUCCAUGAAUAAAUUGUACGGGCAAACGGGACGUGAUCUUUUGCUCGAAGGCGAACCCAAUUCUGUGUUGGAGCAAAUGAGUCAGCCAGAUUCUGCAUUUGUUGUAGCGUUGAAGCAGUUUCGACGUCGCACGCUGGUCGGUCUAGUCGCUCGAGAUCACUUGGUGCCGCAUGCUUCUGCGUGUCUUACUCGAGCGGUGCCUGCAAUUCCACUUCGCCCCGCCAAGGAUGCGUCAUGGCAGUGGACCUUGGCACAUUCCGGUGUCGACGGUGACGACGCCAUCCUGACGCAGUGUUUGCGGGCGUUUCCACGACUCGAUAUCUCCGAGGUCGAAGCUAGCCAUGUGCGGCAAUUCACUUCAGAUAACGUCGAGUUUGACGCCCACCAACGGGUAGCCAUCAACUCGACCCUUCUCGACGUGGCUCAACUCAUGCCGUGGCGACGACUGCAUAUUCGUGUGGACAGCAGCAACAUCCACUGGAAAAAAGUGCACGACUGGCCCAUAGGGCGCAAUCAACCCUCCGAUAGCCGCAGCGACGAAUUCAUUGCACUAUUUGCGAGCAUGCUAGUCGAGGACCAUAAAGACCAAAAGAAUGCAUGA